AUGCCUCCACCAAAGCCGUCCACCGGCCGCGUCGCCGCCCGUCCUCUCCCGCCUCUGCCCAAGCUGCGCGUGCGCCACCCCAACAAGACCGAGGGCAACCCGUGCAUGGGUCUGAUGUCGUCCGUUCUGGGUUGCUGGGCUUCUUCGGGUUACAGUGCUGCGGGAUGCGCUGCGGUUGAGCAGCAGCUGAGAGCUUGCAUGGAUGCGCCGAGACCCAAGCUCCAGAAGAAGAACGCCAUCAACUACCACUUGUCGCGCAUGUACCCCAACAUCAUUGGACCCCACAAGAAGAAAUAA